AUGAGCCGUCAAUUCACCUGCAAGCCUGGAGCUGCCGCCAAGGGGGGCUUCAGCGGCUGCUCAGCAGUGCUCUCUGGGGGCAGCUCAACCUCCUACCGGGCAGGGGGCAAAGGUCUCGGUGGGGCCUUCGGCAGUCGGAGCCUCUACAACCUGGGCGGUACCCGCACCAUCUCUCUCAAUGGGAGGAGCGGAGGCUAUGGGUUCGGCCGGGGCCGGGCCAGCGGCUUCGCCGGUAGCAUGUUUGGCAGUGUGGCCUUGGGACCUACAUGCUCAACCGUGUGCCCGCCUGGAGGCAUCCACCAGGUCACGGUCAACGAGAGCCUCUUGGAACCCCUCAACGUGGAGCUGGACCCCGAGAUCCAGAAAGUGCGGGCCCAGGAGCGGGAGCAGAUCAAGGCGCUGAACAACAAGUUUGCCUCCUUCAUCGACAAGGUGCGGUUCCUGGAGCAGCAGAACCAGGUGCUGGAGACCAAGUGGGAGCUGCUGCAGCAGCUGGACCUGAACAACUGCAAGAACAACCUGGAGCCCAUCCUGGAGGGCUUUAUCAGCAACCUGCGGAAGCAGCUGGAGACGCUGUCCGGGGACAGGGUGCGGCUGGACUCGGAGCUGAGGAACAUGCGCGAUGUGGUGGAGGACAACAAGAAGAGGUACGAGGAGGAGAUCAACAGGCGGACCGCCGCUGAGAAUGAGUUUGUGCUGCUCAAGAAGGAUGUCGACGCGGCAUAUGCCAACAAGGUGGAACUGCAGGCCAAGGUGGACACCAUGGACCAAGACAUCAAGUUCCUCAAGUGCCUCUUUGAUGCCGAGAUCACCCAGAUCCAGUCCCACAUCAGCGACAUGUCCGUCAUCCUGUCCAUGGACAACAACCGCAACCUGAACCUGGACAGCAUCAUCGCCGAGGUGCGCAGCCAGUACGAGGACAUCGCCCUGAAGAGCAAGGCCGAGGCCGAGGCCCUGUACCAGACCAAGUUCCAGGAGCUGCAGCUGGCAGCUGGCCAGCACGGCGACGAUCUCAAGAAUACCAAGAAUGAAAUCUCAGAGCUCACCCGGCUGAUCCAGAGGAUCCGCUCUGAGAUCGAGAACGUCAAGAAGCAGGCUUCCAACCUGGAGACGGCCAUCGCUGAUGCCGAGCAGCGGGGAGACAAUGCCCUGAAGGACGCGCGGGCCAAGCUGGACGAGCUGGAGGCCGCCCUGCACCAGGCCAAGGAGGAGCUGGCCCGCCUGCUGCGUGAGCACCAGGAGCUGACCAGCCUGAAGCUGGCCCUGGACAUGGAGAUCGCCACCUACCGCAAGCUGCUGGAGGGCGAGGAGUGCAGGAUGUCGGGAGAGUUCCCCUCCCCUGUCAGCAUCUCCAUCAUCAGCAGCACCAGCGGUGGUUUCCGGCCCAACUCGGUCAGCGGGGGCUAUGUGGCCAACAGCACGAGCUGCAUCUCUGGCGUGUGCAGCGUCCGCGGCGGGGAGAGCCGGGGCCGUACCGGUGAUUAUAAGGAUGCCCUGGGCAAGGGCUCCAGCCUGAGCGUCCCCUCCAAAAAAGCCAGCCGAUAG